ACCAGUCCGUCCUUUAAACCUUCCCCCAUACGUCACACGUGUAAACGACAGACGUUUACUUAAAUUAACAAAUAUGCCUAAGGGGAGGAAACCAAAGGGACCGGUGGAGAAAAAGGUUAUUCACCCAUACAGCAGGAAAGCCGCGUAUCUGGCCAGAGAUGCCAUUAAACAAGAGAGGAAAGAAAAGUUAAAAGGUGAAAAGGCCCAGCGUUUAAAUUUGAUUGGUGAAAAACUUUUGUGGUUCCAAAACCAGCUGAACCCUGACAAGCCAGAAUACACCAGACAAGAUGCUUGUGAAAUAGCUGAGAGGUACCUUCAGCGGUUUGAUGGAGAGCUGGAGCAGAUUGAGCUGGCGAACAGCAUCAAAGGCCGUCAGGGUCGCCAGCACAGCUCUAGAGAGGCCAUCAUCAAACAAACCAUAGAGCGAGAGAGAGCUCAGUAUGAAGGCAAUGGCUUUGAAAUUCCUGACAUCAUCAAUGCUAAGCAUCUGAAAAUAUUCAGAGAGUGGAAUGGUGACCUUAAGAAACUUCCCUGCAUUAAGAUGAGAAAGCUUUCAGCCAAAGGCUCUGACAGCAAACUGUCUGCAGUUUCACAAGAUACACACAUGGAGGAAGAGAAUGAUGAAGAUAAAUCUUUGGACUCUGAUUCUGACCUGUGAGGUUUACUACAGUACACACGACUGUAGAGGAAUAGAUUUCACACUGAGUUUAAGAACAAAAAGAGCAAGACAUUACUGGAUGUUUUAUACUACUUGUUUUUUUUUUAACCAGUAACCAGACUCUUGCAGAAACAAUUUGUUGUGAGGAGAAAACUCGGUACCACAGGACUAUUCACACACAAAUAAACAGACUUUGAAAUGGGUUGAUACUGAA